AUGGGAAACUGUUGCAAGGCAGAAUAUUCGUCGAUGGAGUGGGAUGGAGAGGAUUGGGAAUCAUUGAGAUCAUCAUCUAAUCAAUCAGAGAAGCCGGCAAAGGCAUUUUCAUCAUCAUCAAGAAACAAGGUGUUUGACGAAGAAUCUGCUAAUCUUGAUCAUCACAAAAAGAAUGAUCUAUUAGGAAAGCUUAGAGGUUCUUGUGAUGCAAAUGGGAAAGUGACGUUGAAAAUUUCAAAGUGCGAGUUGGCUGAAUUAUUGGGAGCAAUACAAAAUAGUAAUAAUCAACAGCCGCCACAGAAUCAGAUGAAGAAGAAGAAGGAAUUGGCUUGUGCCGAACAAGUUCUCUUUCGACUAAUGAAAGCCAGAGAACAUGAGAUAGCAAAAAAACAUCACUGCAGUGGUCACUGGAAACCGAUGCUAGACACUAUUGCUGAAUGUUAAUUAA